CUGCAAGAUCCAGCUUCAGCUCCAGCUCCAGCUCCCAAGCUCUCCAACUGCCUCCUCGCGCUCGUCGCACACUCUCUACGGGGUCGAUCCCUCGUAUAAUGAUAUAGUGGUGCUGCCAAUGGCUCCGGCUCCGGAAGCCUACUUUCCGUCCCUAGACAAAUGUUUCUCUGGGGACGCGCAACUUCUAUCAUGGAAAAGGGCUUAUCUGCAUUUAUGCGAUUCUGAAACGGGCUCAGGAAAUGCCGUUGGCCUGUAUCAGUUUCUGUCGCAUCCAGAGAGCAUUCGUUGUCUCUCCCAAAGUCUGAAUCCCUUUGCUCCCCCCUCCGCAAAAUCCAAAGCCGAAUUCGAGUCAAAGACCGCCGCGAUCCAUGUCAGCACAUCGCCACAGGCACCAUAUGAUCUCGCUGAGAUCAAAGCGGAUGCGCUAUGGUUGAGCCAGAAAGCUAAGAUCGAUGAGGUCACAGCGCUACGGAUUACCAUCCUCGAAUGGCAGAGUCGACCGGCUACAAGGCUGCUGGCUGGGUUUUCGGAGGAGGAAUCGACAAGCUUACAGGAUGCGGCAGGCGUCGAUGGUUUCCGUGCGUCGUUGGCUGGUCUGCCCAUGGUCCAGAUUGUCAAACGGACCGCUGGCAGGGAUGACGGAAGGUCGAGUUUUGCUUCAGAGGAGAGUAGACGCCAGCGAUUGCGACUUCUCUACCUCUCAGAAAAGAAUCAUAUAUUGAGGGUUUCUCGGAAAUUGUUAGCUUUGUCUCUCCAUGGCCGUCGGCCAAACCAACCGAUAGCGGCGGCGAAAGAAGGCAGUGCGAAAGACACCGCGAAGGACACCAACCUCCGCGAGCUGGGACUCUCAAUUUUCAAAGACAAAUCAGGGGAUACAGAUAGGAACCGUUUCCUUGGCGAAUGCGUCACUGCUAUCCGGUCUCGACUUUCUGACUUCGAGGGCGAGGGAGGCUGGUUAGGGGCCGCUGAAUCUGACCAAGAUUGUGAAGAUGCAUGGCGGACAAUGCUCAUUGAUGAGAUCGUUCAUAUAACGCAGAUCCUAUUUCUUCAACUUCAGUCGUCCAAUACUAUUCCAACCGCUGAUCUCUUACUAUCAUGGCUUCGCCUUAUGGUAGACUACGAAUUUCUAGAGUCCGUCAGAGUGCCAUGCGAAGAACCGAUCUCUGUAUUACUGCCCCUCCAAGCCUUUGUCUCCUUGACGACCCUCGCUUUCCUCAAGCUUUCAGUCUCAAUACCAUUCAUCAUCGACCAUGCCCAAUCCCAGGCUGGCCUAUCAGGCGAGUCGGCAUAUUUCCUCUCACGAGAGCACAUCUCCGAAAUCAAUGAGACGUUCCUCAAUUCUGCAAGUGCGGGACUGAUGACUGCGAGCCCGGCCGUGUUCGCUUGGGGUUUGAUCAUGUACACCAUGCGAGAAAUAGCACUUGCAACAAGGGAACGACGAGAACUCGAACAAUUCCACAGUGCAGUGGAUUCAUUCCAAUCCAAUACCCCCGCUGCAUCUCCUGGCCGUGGAUCAGAGCAAUCGUUGUACGAGGACUUAUUGGAUUGUGCUCGAAGCCCAAGGUACGGAGACGAGGCUGUAACAAUACUUACAGCAGGUGCAAUUGAUAGGGGGCGUGUCUUUGAUGCGAUCAUUGCAUUAGCCACGAAGGUUAGUUCAGUGUCAGCUGUAGACGAUGGCCUCGUUGAUCAGUGGAUACGUGAGGCUCUAUUGGACCUCGUCCGCGUCAGCACCGAAUUUCUUGACUACAUGCCGGAGAUAGUGGAGUCUGUCCUGGCUAUCCUCACAGGCAGCCCUACGAACCCUCCGUGGAUAUCUAAUAGUGUUCAGAGUCAUGUUAGCGAGCCCAGAUCUGUCUUCUAUGAGGACCCUGUGCUCAUGGACAGGAUAUUCAGGGUGGCGCAGUCUCGGUUUCCCUAUGAAACCGUGCCUUUCUUGAAGCUCUGCCGCGCUCUAACUAGCAAAGAGUUGGUGGUGAAUGAUGGUCUACCCGCUAUUCUCAGCGAAUUGGAGACCAUGGACACUUUCACCCAGGUCGUCCCCCAGGAUUUCCAAGGUUAUGAAACAAUUCGGGAGGACGAGAAUGCGAACUUCGUAUCUCUGGUCGAACCACUUCCUAUGAUCGAACCUGCACAGCGGAAGCAAAGGUUGGUUCACAAUCCAGAAAAUGCCUUGAUUGUAACCUCGUCGUCUCAAGUACCUACCUCUACGACAGGGCAGGUGGUGUCAGAAGCUGGCCCUCCAGUCAUCAUGUGGCAACAUCAGUACUCCUGUCUGAGCUUCAUUGGCAGCUGGCUUGAGGAGCGGGCGGAGAAUGGUGGCUUUCCAGGUCAGUCUGAAGACUCGAUCGCGGAAGCCAUUGGGCUACUGGCAGAUCUUAUAUCAUCCGCUGGAGCCCGACCCGCGCAAGGUGCUGAGAGUUCGAGCGCAAAGAGAAUUUUGGAAAUGGCAAGUGAUGGUCUCGCCCGCCAAGGAGAUAUCAUAUCUGUGAUCCUCGACAUCCUCGAACAAGACCUACAAAAUAUCAGCUUCAAACCAGGUUCUCAGGGACCAUUGGAAUCCACGAUUGCAUGUCUACAGUUCCUCCGCGCCCUCGUUCCCAUUCUGCCUAGCCGGGUGUGGCCGUUCCUGUCACGGAGCAGCUUUCUCGGUUCUGACGGGAAAGGGGGCGUCAUGACUGCCGUCAUUUCGGCGGUGGAAGUGACCUCUGGUGAAUAUCCAUUCCUGCUCAAUUGUGUCCGUCUUCUAGACGCUAUUGUCGAGGAUUCGGCUUCACGUUCUGCAAUUAGAAGAGCAUCGCACCGCGGCUCGUCACGAUUGAAAGAUGCAAUGGAUUGGAGUGCAGGCGUGCCCGCCCACACGAUGAGCGACGUAUUGUUGACUUUUGUCCGGACCAUGAUCGACGUCUACAAUAGCAACGCAAACUGGAGGUUUAAUAACCCUGAAGACCGACUGGAAGUCAACACCCUUCUCGCAAACACCUUUGAAAAGAUCCUUUACUACGCUUAUGGCGCGGGUGAUAGCAUGAAGCUGGAAUCAAAGAUUACCAAUGUAUUUUCUACAUCGGCGCCGUAUGUACUUGAUGUCCUUCGACCAAGUUCGAAAGAAGAGCUUCCCUUCAACCCCGUUCUCCGAAUAAUUCUUGACGGCCUCAACACGCCUACGUCCACUAUAUAUCUCCGUCCAUUGACUGUUAUAGAGAGGCAGCUGAAGUCGACACUAAAGCUCUCUAUCAAGCUGGUACAAGCCGCACAACUCAUUGGAUCGCCUGCCUCUCUGUUAGAGGAACAGCUGUUCAAGGCAGCGCCUGUUCUCGUCAAGCUAUAUGGCCUCCACGAUAGCUAUCGUCUCCUAGUAAUCUCGCUUCUCGACCUUCUCGUUUCUAGGGCAGCUUCCGACCCAGACAAUGAGCCGCCCUCCUUACUGGGCCAUCUUGGGGCUGAGUCGACUUGCCUCUUCCUUGACAUGCUAGCGCAGUUUGAUCAGCCUCUGAAUGACAGUUCCCUAUUCAUAGCAAUAUGGCAGCUGCUAUCGACGUUUGUCAGUAAGCGCCAGCAGUGGCUUGCAGUCUACUUGCUUACCGGAUCUUCACCUCGGGAGUCACUGAAGCAAAAAGAUGGAAAGGGCAAGGCGCCUGCUAUGAGAGCGACUCCCUUCUUUCAGAUAGCACUCGAUACCCUGUCAAAGAUCGAACAAGUCGAUCCGCAAAUCGCGUUGUCCAUGUUGGAGUUUGUUUCACGAUCUCAGGAGCAUUGGCCUUGGGCAACGCCGGAGCUGAAGAAACAUCCUAACUUCUUCAACGGCAUCAUCCAAUAUGUCGCGAAAUUGAAGCUAGGAAGUCUGCCUCCACAUGAGCAGAUAUUUGCAACAAGGAUUGCCGCCGUGACGGCUGAUCUCUGCACUGUUUAUCUACACUCUGCAAAGGAGGCUAGAGACAUGACAUUCUUCAAGACUCUCAUCCCAUUAAUCACCUGGUUCGCCAACAAUGCUGUCGAAGUGUCCGGUUACAAUGCCUCGCUACAUGCUAACCUCAGGAAGAAUUUUGAAAUGAAGUACGCCGGCUGUAAGCUGCUUGAUUUCAAGAGAACGUCAUUGGAGCCACGCUUACUUGGACGGGACUACUAUUAUGACAUGAACCUAGGUGAAAAGCUUCUUUCGUAUGAUUUCGCUUGGAUAGGCUCGAGAAACCAAGGUUUUGCUGAAGAGUUCGAACGUGCCAACCUGAACUUGUCACUAGUGGAAGCACAAGUGAGCCUCCUUCAUAGUUGGAAAUUCUUCGCUAUCGAGCAUUGCGCGGAUUUUUGCCCCGACAAAGAAGUUCAGAAAUCAAUGGCAUUGGUUGUCAAAAACUGUCUCGUCGCGAAUACCGGAAGCAUACCACAGGAAGCAGUCUUUGACCGACUGCAGCAGACUCGAGUUGACUUUGCCCAGGCUUUGCUUCAACGACUUGUUCAAAUUCAGUCAAAGGGUGCUGAAGUCUUCGGGUUGCUCAGUGUCGUCUGGGAAGCUAUGCGCGCCCGUGGUGGAACGUAUGAGAAUGCCCUCGCCAACGAUGAUACCGAGUAUUACCGCUCGCUUCUGAAUGUCCUCUUUUUAUCCCUCCAGUUCCAUCUGGACGGGCCUUCUCGGACAGAACCUGAAGUUGUCGGCAAGAAACCCAAGUUCUCGUCGGAUACGUCAAUAGUACUCGAAGUGGUUAAGGUCGUUGUGGCACAAGGAUUCCGCACUCUAACCACGUACUUGCAUGACGAUCCACAGAAGUGCCAUCCUCGAGAUUUCGCUAUACUGACGGCAAUCCUGCAAACAUGUCUGCAAGUGAAAUAUGCGGAUCGCUUAUACGGACAGAUCGCAUUCCAUAUCGAAGACAAUGAUACUGCCCGAUAUGCCCUCACCUUGUUUUCAUGGUCAGAUCAAAUCGCCAUCGAAGGCGACCCGAUCUACGGAGAGCUCAGUAUCUUAUUCCUACUUGAGCUGUCAACCGUCCCAAUGCUAGCUGAACAUCUCGCAGUGGAGGCUGUCCUGAUGAAGCUCACUACGUGCCGACUGACCAAUGUCCUGCAGCAGUCGAAGGGAUGCGGACCCUUUGACCCGAUUCCCAGGCUGCACUCUAUCUGGAGUGGCGGCAUCCUUCCGCUAUGCAUCAAUCUGCUCUACCAUGUGAUGCGCGCCGCACCCGAGGUGGCAGCGUUUCUUAACCAAUUUGGAGGUCAGCUCAACAGAGCAUCUGAAAGCUUCACAAGCAGCCACGCGGGCGUGUCGACAACUCAGCCAGCGGGUCGAAUCUGCUUGAGCAUGGCAUCCGAGGCGUACUCCCUAGCUCUGAUCUCCUUUAUCCUCGAGAGAUUCCGCGAGGCUGGGCCUAGCGCCGGGAUAGAUAUCCAGACCAUUCAAGAGCUCAAGUGGGACAAGGGACGCGUCAAGGAGGACAUUGAGGAACUGCUAGGACGCAGGCAGACUCUCCGGGCUCGAAUCGUCGCCACCAGCGAGAAGGAGCUCGAGCUAGCGAGGCAAAAGCCACUUAAUGCAACAGCAUCUGGUGCGGAGGAUCGUUUGGAGGAGAAGAUCGUCAACGAACUUAGUGCAGCAUUGGUGUGUCUUGGUGGCGAAGUCGAAUAAUUGCCAUUAUCUUCAUGUUCUUCACACAUACCAUCUUGGCGUU